AUGUUGAUGACUGCAGUUAUAGAUUCAACCGAAUCACCACUUCUAUAUGCAUCAAUAAAACAAAUUCGAUCUAUAGAUACACGUGAAACUGUUGAUGAACUCUUUCGAAUGGUAUCAUCAUCAUCAUCAUCGUUAAAACGUCAAUAUUCCGCUGAGUUAUUCGUACAUUUGGCACAAAUGGAUCAAGUAACUGUUAUCGAAGUACACGAAAUUUUAAUCACAUCCAUCGAAGCCUCUCGUGAACGAUUGCAAAGCGCCUCAAAAGAGCAUCAAUGGCUCAACUGUUAUUUAAUCUGCUGGAAAAUAUCAACAGUAACCUGCUGA